AUGAUAUUGUGUAAAUGGCAUGUAUUCGUAGUAUCUAAUCUAGCCCAUGAUCUGGCUUUGAAGAGAGACAAGGCGGCGGCUUCUUCUUCUUCCAUGGGCUUGAACAGAAGAAAGUCUUCCCCAACCGCCCCAGAGUUUGCUGACGACCUACGCCAUCGCCAAAAAGCUUCCGAGGAAGAAGAAGAAGAAGAUUAAUGGCGCAACCUCGAGCCCAGACCGGCGGGCAGCAGCAGCACUGACGACAGCCGGCCGCCCGCCGCUCAAGAACAGCCCUUUCUCUUUUCUUCUUAUUUUACCAGCCGUAAAGGAAGAAAGGAGAAACGGAAAAGGAAAGGGCGGAAAGGAAAUCUUGGCUUGAAGCAAAGCAAUCACCAAGGCCUCCGUCGUCGUCUUCUUCCUCCUUCCACCUGCCGCCGCCGCCGCCGAUCGGCCGAGCGAAGGCGAGCUCGCACGGUGGAACGGACGUCAUCGUAGUCGUCAUCGCGAGGAAGAAACUGAAACUGACCCCUCUUUUUUUUCUUUCUCUUCCCCGUCGGGGAAUUAAAAAUUCCAUUCCCUUCGUCUCCGUGCUCCGUUUCCACUAAUCGUCCGUCCCUAUCCCCUCGCCGGCGGCGCGCGCCCAGAUCGCGACGCGCCUCCCCCUCCCCUUCCCCGAUCGCGCUCCCGAACGCACGCGGUCUCCGGCGGUUCGGUUCUUCUCUAGCCGGCCGGGGCCGCCGCCUUCAAUCGAUCUUAGCGGUUGCUUUGCUCCCCGCCCUUCGCCUCGCCUGAGUCGCCGGGUGCGGGGGCGGACUUCGAGCGGGCGGGCGGAGCUCCGGCGGCGGACGCGCCCAUGGUGGACAUCCACGAGUGCGCCGUGCCCGCGCCGGUGCCGGAGCCGGAGCCCUCCCAGGCGGCGGCGGCGGCGGGGGAGGGGGAGGGGAGGCCGGACCCGGCCUCGAUCUCCGCGGAGCGCUGGAGGGCCUUCGAGGAGGCGGCGCUCGGUGUGGUGGGGCGGAUCCAGCCGAGCGCGCCCUCCGAGGGCCGCCGCGCCGCCGUCGUGCACUACGUCCAGCGCCUCGUCAGGCACGCCGUCGGCUGCGAGGUCUUUCCAUUUGGGUCUGUUCCGCUAAAAACAUAUCUUCCUGAUGGAGAUAUCGACUUGACUGCAUUUGGUUCAAUAAGUUCUGAUGAAAACUUAGCAAAUGAGGUACGCGCUGUUCUAGAAUCAGAAGAGUUAAGGAAAGAUGCCGAAUUUGAAGUCAAGGAUGUCCAGUAUAUCCAUGCAGAGGUCAAGCUGGUCAAAUGCCUUGUCCAAAAUAUUGUUGUAGACAUCUCAUUUAAUCAGAUUGGUGGACUAUGUACGCUUUGUUUCCUUGAGCAGGUUGAUCAAAGAUUUGGAAAAGAACACCUUUUCAAGAAGAGUAUAAUGCUGAUAAAAGCCUGGUGUUAUUAUGAAAGCCGCAUUCUUGGUGCUCACCAUGGUUUAAUUUCUACCUAUGCUUUGGAGAUAUUGGUGCUAUGUAUUUUUCAUCUCUUCCACAAGUCUUUGGAUGGUCCAUUAGCUGUCCUCUAUAGAUUUCUGGACUACUAUAGCAAAUUUGACUGGGACAAUAAGGGCAUAAGCUUGUACGGUCCUGUUCUGUUGUCUUCCCUACCUGAGCUAGUUUCUGAUGCACCUGUCACUCAUGAUGGUGAUUUUCUUAAGCGAGAGGAGUUUCUCAGAGAAUGUGCACAAACAUUUACUGUCCCCCCUAGGAACUCUGAGAAAAAUACUCGAUUAUUCUCUCGAAAAUUUCUCAACAUAGUGGAUCCAUUGAAACAGAACAACAAUCUUGGGCGCAGUGUGAGCAAAGGUAACUUUUUCCGAAUACGCAGUGCAUUUGAUCUUGGUGCGCGGAAGCUUGGAAAGAUCCUUAAAGAGGCAUCCAGUUCUGCGGUGCCUGAAGUGAAUCAGUUCUUUAGGAACACAUUGAAGAGAAAUCGCACUAUGGUAAGGCCAGACGUGCAGGACAUCGCACUGGACUUCAGCGUCGAAAGAGAUAACGAGGAUCACACACCUUUAUACAGUAAUUCCUAUGGUGAUCUGUCUGAUCAGUUCAACAACAUCAACAUUUCAGAUCUCAAUAAUCACAGGUCUCUGAAGGAAAAAGAACAAAGUCCUAUGACUGAGCAUGAGGAAAUAAAGUCUGUUUCAAAUCCUGUAACUAAUUCUAGCAGUGUGUGGGAUGGCAGUGACUUUUGUGAGGUUGCACCAUCAAAUAGUGAAAUCUUGCCAUCUGGGAAUGGUCACUAUGAUCCGCAGCUCUUUUAUGAGCCUGGAAAUGGCAAGGAAGGUGUAAACUAUGAUAUGAACCUGUCCCAUCAUGGGAUGUCAUCGAAGGGGUACACAGGAACCAAGUAUGUCAAUGAAAAUUCACAUCUUGUGGAUAACCGGUUACCAACAGCAACUGUGGAUAACCGCUUAGCAGCAGCAAAAGAGUCGAAUGGCAGUGGAGCACAAGCUAGAGAGGUGGGUGGUGAUGGAAGUACCUCCAAUGACAUUUUAUCAGAUCUCACUGGAGAUCAUGGGACAAAUUUGAACAAUCUUUUCUUUGCACAAGCCUGCCAUCUUGAGUAUCCAAUGAACCCAGAUUACCCAGUUAAUCCAGUUUACUAUCCAAUGCAUGCCCCACCACCUGUGCAAUAUCAGAACAAUCGCUCACCAAAUGGUCAUAGCAGAAAACAUGCUUAUGGAUAUGCUGGUACUAGUGGAAUAGCCCCUGGUUCUUAUCCAUCACCUGGCUAUUAUGUUGUCAGACCAUUGUUUCAAACAGAUGAUCAUAUGCGAGCUCGUGGAACAGGCACCUAUUUCCCCGAUCCAGCUUUGUGCAAGGACAGGCCACCCGCUGGACGAGGGGAAAGAGGGAGGCAUAAUUCACAUCCAAAUCCCUAUCAAAGGGGUAACCGCUACGGCAGAAUGGAUAUGCAUCCAGACAUGGUGCCAUCGGACGAAUGGAGGCAAGGGCCAUCAUUGCAGAUUUAUGUUCCUGGCGCAAAUGAUCAUGGAAUUCCCCCGCUGUUGAAUAUACCAUCAUCGUCUCCGUCUCCCCGGGCUCCAAGGGAUAUUGCUCACGGCAAUGGUUUUAAUCACCCACAAGACAGUAAACUUGAGUUUGGGACUCUGGGGGCGUUGCCGUUGGAGGUUAACCAAGCUAGCAGACCAAGUUCUGCUGCCAACAAUCAAGCUUCUGCACCUGUAAGCCCAGUGUCCCCAGCACCAAAUCCUGGAAAGGGUUCUAGUCGAGUGAGGAAUGCUGGGCCAUAUCAUCUCAAGGACAAUGGUGACUUCCCGCCACUCUCCAGCUGACCCGGCGGUGCAUGGUUCCUGUUGCGCAUCGACGACAUGUCAAGCCAAGAGUAGAAAUACACGGGUGCAUCGCUGCGCACUCCACGCAGAAAUUAGCAGAGGGUUACUUUACAAAACAAUCAUCACCACGCAUGUACAUCCUGACUUUGUUUACCUUCUCAUUCCCCUCCACCGCGAUAGUCACCGUGCCACUGAAUCAUCGGAACUUGGUUGUGCCCCCCAUAUCCGCCUCGGAAAAAGAAGAGAGGAAAGAAGGAAAUAAGCCAAGCACAGCUGAAUCUCUGUGCCAUGUAGAUACUUUGCUGGGGAGGCAGGAAAGAAAACUAGUUUAGCUUGAUGUUGUUUUUGCCUGAUGAUAGUGUAAUCAUGUUUGGUGUUAUGGAGAGGGGAGGCCUUUGGUGCUGGAAGAAGGCCCCCCUUUGUGUGUGAUCUGAAGUAACAUUAGCUGCUUAAUUGGGUUCAAAUUUCGUAGGGUUACAGAGAUAAAAAGAAAACUGUAUGUGCUGUUUUAGGAAAUUAAUCACGGAUAGCCUUAACUGUGCCUUAUGUUACCAUUUCUUCCAGUGGUUCCAUAUGCAUCUUGUAGCCCUUGUGAUGAUAUUGUUCUUAACAUAGAAAUUGUGGGGAGAUAA